AUUUAGUAUAGUAUUAAAAACUAAUAUUAUGGCUCAUAUGAUGCCACCGGGACCAAACAUGGUACCGGAACAUCUUCCAAAUCCUGAUUUGGUGAAGAAAGUCGUUCAACAACUGAAGAUAAAUGGACUGUUUGAUGAAAUGAGAAGGGACUGUUUAGCUGAUAUUGAUACAAAGCCAGCUUUUCAAAAUUUGAAGCAACGUGUCGAAGGACAUGUCACUGGAAUAUUGGAUGGACAACGUUGGAGUCCGACUUUAAACAAAAAUCAACUGCGAAGCAAGAUUCGUGAAUCUGUUAUGCAAUCUGGAAUUUUAAAUGAAGGAGUUGAAAGAAUCUUAUUCCAAGUUUUCAAUGCCAAAGUUCAUUCUCUUUUUCUUCCGAAGAUCGAAGAAUUUAUAAAAGAAAAUGGAGAUGAGUUGAGAAAGGAGUUUUUGCCACCUCCGAUGGAGAUACCUAUGAUGGGAAAUGCACAAUUUGUUCCUCCUCCAGCUCCUGUACCACCAGAAAUGCAUCCUGAAAAUCUUCCUCCAAUGCCAGCCCAACCUCCUCCUCCUGAAUCUCCAUCAAUUGGUAUCGUGAAUGAAACAGCAAAAAUGACUCCCGAAACAGUCACUGAUGUUACAAUGGAAACAACGGUUGAGGAAAUCCAGAAUUUACCAGAACAAGAGAUUAGCAUGAAGGAUAUUGCUCCAGAAGAUGUGAUAGUAAAAGCAAUCAAUACCCCAUCACCUCAGCAUUCUCCAGAGUUGAAUGAAGAUGAAGCACCAAAGAUACCGGAAGAUGCUGUUAAUCCUCUUAGAAGUUUGAUUCAAUCCUUGCUCGUUUCUAAGAAGUCAAUCAUUGAAACAAAUGAUGACGAAAGCACACAAGUACCUGAUGAACAAUCGAUGGACAUUGGCGAAGAAACAAUAAAAGUGGAAGGUUAUUCACCGACUAUUGAUCCAUCGGAGAUUGAAGGUUUCACAGAUGAUGAAGCAGAUGAUGACAACUCCCAAAAACAAACUCAAAAUGAAAACCUUGGACCUCAGACUCCAAGGAAGGUUGAACCAUAUUCACCAAAAAUGCGUCAUGUAUCGAAGAGUCCUGAUCCUUCUGAACAAUAUUCUCCUACAUCUCCACCUUGCAGUGAGCCGUAUAGUCCAACGAGUCCUUAUUCUCCACUUUCACCCAAUCGCCAGUUCACAGAAGUUGUUUCUCCAGCAAGUAACUCCUCAAGUCAUAAAAAAAUUCCCAAAGCUUAUGCAGAUCCAAGGUCUGAUACGGACUCAAGAAAUCUAGAUGAGGGAGACACUCCAGCUUAUGAUCCAACUAAGUUUUCGUAUCAACGCAUGUCAGACUCAACACAAUACAUAGAAGACUUGAAUGCGCAGUCACCACCUUCACCCAUCUCGGGUGAUGUCACAGACGUAACAGACAGAGGUCGUUACACAGAUGAUAAUUUACAUUUGUUCUCAGAAGAAAGUAAACAUGACACUGAUAUGAGAAAAACCGAUGAUAGCUUUUAUCAAAAACCAGUGAAGGAUCGGAGGCGCAAACAUAAAUCAACUUCCAGUUCAUCGGGAUCUGGUAGCAGCAGUGGAUCUCUGUCAUCAUCGUCAUCAGAAGAUGAAAAUGAUGAAACAGUUGUUGAACAAGUAAUUGUACAAGAAGUUGAAGAAAUGGUUGAGGAAAUUGAAGUGGUUGAAGAAUAUACUUCAGAUUCUGGCACAGAAAAACAAGAUAUAGAGAUAGAAGAAGGUGAAGAAAUUAAAAGUGAUGGAAGUGCAGAGGUUAAAGAUAAAAAGAAGAAAAAGAAAAAUAAGAAACGCAAAACAAAAAAGGCUCGUAAACGGCAUAGAUCGAGUAGUAUCAGUAGCGGGGAAAUUACAUCAAGUGGGGAACUGUCUUCAGAUUCAUCAAGUAAUGAAAGAAGACCGACAAGACCAACAGGUCCUCCAAAGCAGAAACCUCUUGAUCUGCAUGAAUUAGAAGAAAGAAGGAGAGUUCACAUAGAUGAUUCUUCUCGAGAUCGUCCUUUCUGGCAAAAUACAGAAUCUUCUUCAGAUUAUCUCAGUUCACCCGGUAGAAUGCGACGUCCAUAUUCACCUACACGGCGACCUUUUUCUCCUGAUUUUCACAGGUUUAAAGAAGAACGAUAUCGACCAUCAGGCCCUCAUUUCAGAGACAGACCGAUGUAUCCUGCGGAUUUUCGUUCUAUUCGUCAUCCAAGAUUUUCACCACCUCCAUCAUUCCGACGAAGCCCUCCUCUACGAUACAGUCCAGGACCAAGAAUGGAGUAUCCUGGGCCCAUGCCAUUUGGUUCACCCCGUUCACCACCCAGACGUCCUUAUUCUCCUCCACCGCAUAUGAUGGGUGGUUUUCCUGGCGACAGGGCACCUUUUCCACAUCCAAAACCUAGGUGGGGUUCGCCACCUCAUCUAAGCCACAGGCGAUCUAGUAGAUCUCCUCCACCAGGUUUACGAAGAGAUGAUGGCCCCGGACCUUCUCGAUUUUAGCAAGAAAAUUUGCAUGUUUCUUCCUUAUUGUCCAUGCACACCACUGCCUUCUUGUUCUUUUCUCAUGAUUUUGAAUAUUAUGAACUGAAUUUAGAGUCAAAAUUUAACUGGUUUAUUACUUUGAAUACCUUCAGCUGUUUUUGUGAUAUUUUGCAUUAUUUGUUUUGAUAAAAAUUUAUAUUUUUCUUAUUUGUGUUGCAAUUUUUUGAAAUAAUUACAAGCCACCUUUGGUGUCGAACGAAUUCUUA